AUGCAGUCCCCUACAACUGCGCGGCCUCAUCCACCCUUUGGAGACCCGGCCCUUUCUCCUCAACAAUCCUCUACUGUCGCCAACUCUACCAUGGCAUCGGCUUCCGGUCGCAGUUCCUCCGCCGCCUCGGGGCGCUCCCAACCCGCCAAAAGUGUUCCCGAUAAGCAAAUAUCUCAGAUCGAAAAGAGUGUCACGCACCUCUUGGUAGCAACGAAACAACUCCUCGAAACCUUGACCCAGUGGUCGCGAAAGCAGGCCUCCGAGACCGACGUAUCCGAUGUUUAUGUACGCCUAGGGUAUGAGUUCAACUUGGCAUGCCGGGCCUUUAAUGCUAUCGGUGUCGAAACUUCCGACCUCGGCCCCGUGCCCGACGUCCUGCGCAGCAUCCUCGAGGACACUCUAAGCCAGGAUGCAUCCUCACAAAGCCUCGACCGGUACCUGCCGCAAAUUCGGGAUAUCAUUAUCAACCUCCUACAUGGCCUCAAGAAGAAGCAGGCUCGUCUACGGUCUCGACAGCAGCGGGAGGAUGGUCGGGCUGGCAUGCCGGGUCGACAGGCAAGCGCCGGAAGCUUGCCCAGCGGCCCAUCAAAUAUUGGACAGUUAUAUGACGAGGCGGCUGCUUCGACGAUACCUCAAAACACGGUGACUUCACCGAGGCGGUCGGCUCGUCGAUAUGGGAGUAACGGAUCCCUCGAGGAUACACCCGCGGGCCAGCGCGCCUCUCCUACGCAUGAGCCACGGGGCACGAGUUACUCUGAGCGCGAGGCGUCCAGGCGGGAAACGCAACAGAUUCUCUCUCAGCCGUCCCCCCAGGAAAGCGAACCGGCUCCACGACCCGCCGCAUCUUCAGCCUCGUCAACUCCUACGGCCUUUCCCGCUCCACCACCACCCCCGAAGGAGGAUGAUGCGCUGGGCGCAUUGCAGCGGAGCGGCGAGCUGGAACGCCGUGCAUCUCGCCGAUUCUCAGCUUAUCAGAUACAGAAACACCUAGGUACCUCUUCCAACGGAGUCCCUGUUCUCCCUACUCAGAACUCCCCCAUUCCCAACAGGGGACGGGACGUUCGAGAGUCUCUCAACGCUGUUCGCCUCCGAGGCUCGUAUACGCAUACAAGGCAACGCUCCUCCAACCGUCCCCAGGAAAGUUCCAAAAGUGGUUCGUCGCAAGCAGCGGCAAAUGUCCCCCAGGCGGUGGCAGAAGAACAAAGCACCCAAAUUGAAACACCCGCGGCGGAACCCGAGAGCGUCCAACCACCAGCACCUUUGGCUGAUCAACCUCCACCCCCCAUUGAAAAGGAGCUGCCGGACGCACCGGCUACUAUUGAACCAGCACCGGUCUUCCCGCAGCCGCCGAAGCGCCCUUCCCUUGGCGAUGCCUUUGAUCCCGAGAAAACUGCAUCGCAAAUUCCCAUGCCGGUCCCGGAAACACCGAAAGGGGAUCGCUUUGCCUCUGCCAAUAUCUCAACUCCCCCUUCUAUCCCACACUUCCCUGUUGACCAGCCAUCUCCCGGUAAGGAGUUGACCCUGUUCUUGCAGUACAAGAGCAAGAUCAAGAAGUAUGUGCUGCCCGAAGGUACGGCGGACCUGACUAUUGGACGGUUGCAACUCGCUUUCAUUGAAAAGUUCGCUUGGAAUACUCACAACAACGGCGUCGACCUGCCUGAAAUUUAUAUUCAAGAUCCCAUUUCUGGGAUCCGACAUGAGUUGGAGGACUUGAAUGAUGUUAAGGACCGUUCAGUCCUCGUUCUGAAUGUCGACACUUUGGACGAAGUGAAGAAGCACUUUGAUGAGAGCUUUGGUGGUGUGCGCAGUCUGGUGGAAGGUGUCAAGGAGGCCCUGGUGGGUCAAGGGACGGCCAUCCAACGAGUUUCAGACCGUCAGCUUGAGGCUGCGAAGGAGAUGGCUCGUCUCGCUGCUUCUCCGCCCGCAUCUAUUGCAGGCUCCGCCAGCGCCAGCGGCACCCCAAAGACCCCCAUUGCUGGAAGUCGCACACAGAUUGCCGAGCUUCAGAGUCUGCGCCGGGACCUUGCCGUACUUCGGCAGACCUAUUCCAACUUUACGUCGGAUAUUACCAGUUCGAUGACUGCCGUCCGCGCCAAGGCUACUAAGGUUAAGUCUGCCGCCGAUACUGCCGCCAAUGCUACCUAUGAGGGCGAUGCUGGCCGUGCGCGUGUUAACAAGGGCAAGAAGGAGCUUGCCGAUGAGUCGGAGCGCCUUGUCUCUCGCGUCGAUGACUUGCAGGAUCUCGUUGAGGACCUUCGCAAGGAUGUGGUCCAGCGUGGUGUUCGCCCCCUGCCACGCCAGCUGGAGGGUGUCAACCGCGAUAUCAGCACCGCUAUGAAGGAGAUCAAGAAGAUGCAGGACUUCCUGGGUCGCGAGAAGCCCAUCUGGACCAAGAUCUGGGAGAAGGAACUCCAGCUGGUCUGCGAAGAGCGUGAUCAGCUUACCAUGCAGGAAGAUCUCGCAGCCGACCUUCAGGAUGAUCUCGAGAAAGCUGCUCAGACUUUCGCACUGGUCGAGCAAGCUACCAAGGAGCAGGCUUUGGAGAAGGCUGCCAAUCCAGGAGGAGUCACUUUGCGUGCUACCUCCCGCACUCUUGGUAUUGACCCAACCAUUGACCCUAUGAAAGCCAAGGACAACCUCCUCGGUGAAGUGCGUGCACUGCAGCCAAACCACGAAAGCCGUCUUGAAGCCAUCGAGCGAGCUGAGAAGAAUCGUAAGAAAGAGCUUGAGACCCGGCGGAUCGGCCUCUUCCAGAAGGAACUCGGCUCUUUCGUCCAAGAGGGGAAGCUGAAGAAGAGUGGUGGCGUGGAAGAGGCGGAGCGAUUGCGCAACGCCAAGGAUGAUCGCAUCCGAAAGGAGGUUUGGGAUAGACAGCAAGCUCGCAAUGCGGAGAUGGAGAAGGCUGAGGCGGAAGCUGCCGCCGCCGCUGCUGCUGCUGCUGAAGAGAAGCCCGAAGGUGAUGGAGCGGGUGAUUCUACAGCGGCUCCGGAUGCUGAAGCCGCUGCCACCCCCACCGAAGGGGAAUCUCCCAAAGAUGAAACCGCCUCGGCAGAAGUCGCGGAGAAGAAGGAUGCCUCUCCUGACGAAGCCAGCUAA